UUGGGUUAUGAGAGCAUGGAGGAGGACAGAAGGGCACAUCAGCCAUCCACCGCGGGCCGAAGGGAGGUUACAAGAGUAGCUAGGGAUAAGUCCAAAGCUGGUGCCCUCAAAAUAGAAUUCCAGUAUUAUGGAGGAAUAAUCGGGAACCUGGAGCCGGCCCUGACCGAUGGAGGUGAGCGUGCCCUGGCCUCGAAAUGGACGAAAAAAUUAUUCGGCGUUGAGUAUCACGUGGAGGUGUUGAUGGAAAAGCGUAACAGGUACCUGGCGGCCUUGGCGAUCAAUAUGAUCAAUGACGAGAUGAGCGGGGUCUUCGAGACUGUACCCCCGGAGGGACCGCUACAAGAAAUUGAAGAAUUACCGAUCACCAGCCCGGGUCAGGCCGAGUGGGAGAGGGAUACCACGUGGUCGGAGUUCUACUCUGCCAUUCCCGAGGACAUGGACGAAAUUUCCUGCUCUUUUCAUUCCAACGAGGAGGAUUGUGAGGAACAUUCAGAGAUAGAUAAGCAGUUGGAAAAUGAAUUUUGGUUUCUCCUGUACCACAUUCGACCCUGCGCCGCGAUAAUGCCCUGUCCCUCCUCUAAAUCCAAAGUAAUUCAUUGGAUUUACGCCCUCUGUCGGUUGAGCGCGAAGAAAUGUCACAAAAUGAAGAAUUUGAGGAACGAAUAUGCUUAUUCCCUCUAUUCGUAUGUCGUCGAUCUCAAAGCUGCUGGACCUUUCGAGGAGAGCCCUCCGAGGCGAAAAUUACCUCCUCUUGCCGAAUUAGCCAAAAAAAUUGCUAAGAGGUAUCCCAUAACAUCUCCCUACAACUCCCAGGCAAAUUCAUUCAUGGAGACACAACCCACCCCCGAGGAAGGUGCAAUAUGUUACGUAGCAGUCACUGGAAAUAUGUUCGAUCCAAAUAAAUUACUUCCGAGAUAAUGCUUCACGAAAAAUCGAAUACAAUCGCAUGUCGACCCCAAAGAAAGCAGAAAAGUCAAUCAAAUUAAUCUAUUGAAUUUUUCAGAAUAAUAUUUCCACCCGAGUGUCUCGUAUUUUUCAAAAAAAUA